AUGGAUAACGCUGAAUCUUCUGUAACGCCAAGAAAAGACCUUCCCGAUACUCCUCUAUCUGGCCUUCCAGGAACUAAGCGCAGCGGCCAGCACUUUCCUCCACCGAGGUCAACAGCGCGACCCGGUCCACAGAACGCUCAGUCACACACAAGCCCUCAUACGCGGCUACAGAUACGCGCCCUCGAAAUAGAGAACAAGAAACUAAGGGCGGAGGUAGCGAAGAAUUGUCAGAUAGAAUUAAGAUCUGCGAAGAUGGUUGAGGACGUCCGUGAUGCAACGGAACGACUGAAGAACGCAGUUUUAGAUUUUCGCAAGGAACAAAAGUGUAUCGAAGAAGAUUUUCGCGAAGAACAAAAAUGUAUUGACUUAGAGUUCCAGGAGUUCCAGGAGUUCAACUACUUUUAA